AUGAGCUACAAGACACUAACCAAGUGGUGAAAACAAAUCAUGGCAUCCCAAGUCCAGCUAAUACGAGCAGAAAGGGACAUCCACAAAGCCCUUCUCAUAUUUGAUUCAGCUACAACAAAGUACUUUAAUGGCUUGAAGCAUUAUCAUAACACCUUUGGCCUCAUGAUUGCCAGAUUAGCAUCUGUUAACCAGUUCAAAGCAGCUGAGGAUCUCUUUAAUAGAAUCAAGGAGGAGAAAUGUACCGUUACUGAAGGUAUCUUCCUCCCCAUAUGCAGAGCUUAUGGCCAGGCUCACAAGCCAUUGGAUUCUGUUAGGAUUUUCCAGAGGAUGAAAGAAUUCAGUGUGAAAUGUGAACCCGCUGAAAAAUCUUGUGUCACAGUCUUCUCUACAUUUGUCAAUGAGAACUAGGUGAAAAUGACCCAAAUAAUUUAUAUAAUGAAAGAAAUGGGUAUUCCAUGACAUGUUGCUUCACUCAUUGUUUUGAUUAAUAGCGUCUGCACGAACAACAUGCUUAGUGAUCGGCAUUCUCCAAACAUGAUAACUUAUAGUACAUUAAUAAAUGGACUUUGUAAAGAAGAGAAACUCUGGGAAGCCUUGGAGAUUAUUAACAGAAUGAAGGUUCAGGGGUUGAAAUCAGAUGCAGGGUUGUAUGGAAAAAUCAUAAAUGACCUCUGUGAUUUCCUUAAGUUGCAGGAGGCUGCAAACUUCCUUGAUGAGAUGGUGCUGGGGGGUAGCUCACCUAAUCGUUUAACUUGUAGCCUUCAUGCUAAGACCCAUAAUAGAAUGCUACAAGGACUUAUGAACUGAGAACAACGAAAUCAAGCUUUUCAGUUGUAUCCGAGUAUGAAAACAAGGGGGAUCUGUAUUGAUGUUGAGACUUUCAGUUCUCUUGUGAGUUGCUUCUCUGAAUAAAGUGACAUCCGGGUCCUUGAACGAUGUGUUCCAGAUAAGGCAAUAUGAAGUGCUGUUGUUGGUGGAUUCUGGUGUCGGAGGAAGGUGCGGAAAGCUACUGAGUUUGUUUUGUUUCAGCUGAUAAACGAAUUUGUCAAGGCUGUGCCAUAGGUCCCGUUUUGCAUCAUAUGUUUUGUAUAUGUGGCAAAUUGUUGAUUCCAUCAAUUAUU